AUGAGUCGAAACAAAGAAUUUCCGAAGCAAAUUUACGGGAUCCAAGAGUUAUAUCGACCGUGUGGGGAGCCAGUUGAGGUUGACAUUGUUGCCGUCCAUGGGCUCAAUGGCCAUGCGACAGGGUCAUGGACAUCCAAGCCGCAAGGAAUUUGUUGGCUGAGCAACGCAUCUUUCCUCCCGAGAUACAUUCCUCGUGCCCGAGUUUUAGUAUGGGGCUAUAAUGCGAGCAUCUUUUCACAGAACGGAAAGGCACCCAGCACAGACAGGGUUUUACAACAUGCGCAGACAUUAGUCUCUCAACUAGAGGCUGAUAGGGAUCUCGAAAAUGCAGCGGAAAGGCCCAUCAUUUUUAUAUGCCAUUCCCUAGGCGGCAUAAUCGUGAAAAGAGCCUUGGCGUAUGCAGAGAGUCGCGUUGGACUCGCUCACAUCCAUUCAAUCUACGUUUGUACAUUUGCUAUCCUCUUCUUCGGCACCCCGCAUCAAGGAUCCAGCAAAGCGAAUAUCCUUAGUAGUCUUCAAAAGAUUAUAUCAAUUGCAACCCCCAGAGCCGCUAUAGACCUUGAAUCAGGAUUGGUCAAUGCACUCGAGAAGGAAUCUGAAGUCCUGCAAAACAUCACCGACCAAUUUACACCGCUCAUGUCCAACUUCCGCGUCUUUUUCUUCUGGGAGCAAGAGAAGACUGAUCUCAAAUACAAAAGAGAUUACAUCGUCACUGAGGCGAGUGCAGCUCCAAUAAUUGACAACACUGAAAGGUGUGGCAUUGCUGCGGAUCAUCAAAGAAUGGCCAAGUUCGACAGCCCAUCCGAUCAAGGCUUUAGAACUGCAGUAGCAGCACUACGGCGCUAUGCACGAGAGGCACCUAGCAUGAUCCAGAGGAGGUAUCAGAGGGCCGUGAGCGUGCGACGGGAUGACAGAAUGAUCGAGGCUGCGGAGUUGCUGGAAACAAUUCAACCUCAUACUUUGGGUCCCUACCAAAGCCCGCCGCGUUAUCUUGAGCCUGUAUACGGUGUUUUUCAGGGGCAUUCUCGUGAUUCUCUCUCUAAGCACUCGUUCUGA